AUCGUGCCCAUGGCUCCUUGUUGAAGGCGUUAACAAUAAUCUAGAUAGUGUUUCUCGUUAUUUUAUCCACUCGUGAUUCACUCGUUUUUUUAUUGAACGCAUGUAAUUCACUACUCCCAGCUCUUAUUAAUAUGUAUUAUUUGAUAGGUUGUGUUAACAUUAAAAGUUGAGAUUUAGCAUUGAAUCGACACACCUUAUCCAUUGAAGAAUGAAAAGAUUGUUCAAUUUUUCCAUUUUUAUUGACUUAUUCCGGUUGUGGGUGUAUUAAAUCGGUAGUUAUAUCACACGGCCGUCUGUCAUGCCAUUUUUUAAUCAUUUUUAUAGGCAGUUCUCCUGAUUAAAUCCUCACUAUAUACUUUCAUCAAAAUGGACGAUCAGAGUGACUCCCAAAAGUGGCAACAGCAUUUAUCAUUACUUCGAUCCCAGUACGUUAAUUUAUAUACAACAAAUACAGAAUUACGAUACAAAUAUGAAAUAGCCACUGCGAAUGACAAUGAAUCAGGAUUCAUUGAGAGAUUAUUAACGAUUGUUGCGUCGCUAUAUCGGCAGAAACGUUACAGUGAUCUGACUAUAAAAUUGAAUAAUGGAAAUGUGCCAGCUCAUAAAUUUAUAUUAAGCGCAAGGAGUGAUUAUUGGAAUGCAGCAGCAUUGGCAGAUGUCUUCGAAUUAGAUUGGAGUGAUUUAGAUGGUGAUAUUGGCUUAAUAUUACUGAAAUGGAUUUACACAAGCAUCGUGGACAAAGAAAAUUUGACUCUUGAAUUUAUGAAAGCAGCAUCUAGUUUUCAAUUGAAAGAACUUGUUGAACAAUGUGAAACUUACCUCAUUGGUACUGUCAGCCUCAAAGAUUGUGUGGCACUUUAUACAGCAGCGGAAGGAUUAGGCGCUGAAAAAUUGCGAGAGCACUGCGGUGCCCUUAUGUCUACGCACUGGGACGACUUGACUGGUAAUGAUUUCAAGGAAAUGCCCGGUGCUUUACUCUAUCAGCUCUUGAAGACAAAAAGCAAAUAUCCAUUGCAUUCGGCUGUGAGAUUGGAAAGAGAAGACGUGGUAUUUCUAUAUUUGGUCGAACACAACGCGGAGCUUCCAAAAGUGGUAAAUGCAGUUGACGAAAAAGGCCGACGAGCACUAGAGGUGGCUCUCAAGUUACGUCAACCUUCUCUCGCACGUACGCUGGUAGAACAUCAGGCUGAUUUGAGUGCUAAAGAUUUCCAUGGUCUCACGCUAUUGCAAUCCGCUAUUCUCAAAGGCGAUUCAUAUGCUGCUGAAUUUAUUAUUGAACAGUUGGAAAAUAGCGGUGGAUCACACCAUUUGUCAGACCAAUUAAUAUUAGAUAAUAAUACUGCAGAUGAAACGAUAAAGCAAUUUGAACAUUGUACCGUGCUUCAUUUGAUAGCUAAGCACAAUACUCCAGAUAUGGUAGGUGUUGCUGCUAAACUCUUGCAGGCAGGCAUCGACAAUAAUGUACAAGAUAAAAGAGGAUGGAGUGCUCUUCAUUGGAGUAUCGUCGAAAAACACGAGCCCCUUUUCGAACUUCUACUGGAGUCCCCCAACAUAAAUUUAGACAUUAAAACAGGAGAAAGUCACUCGCCCUUGUCAUUUGCUUUGCGUGCAGAACCGUAUAAUAGAAUAUUCGCUGAGAAAUUGCUCUCUCACGGUGCCACACUAAAUCCGAUUUGCACUGACAAUCAAGAUACUCUACUUCACAUAUUAGCAAGAGAAAGUAAAGAGGAAGCUGCUAUAUUUCUCAUUCGUCAUUCCGACAAUAAUUUGAUAACAAAGCAAGUAAACCUCGACAAUUGCACUGUACUCCACGAAGCAUGUUGCGCUGGUCUUGCAGAGCUCUCCAAAGUGCUGUUAGAAAUGGACCCUUCGGGCCAAUCCAUAACCACUGUUACCAAAAACACUAAUGAAACUCCUCUGCAUUUAGCUGUUUCAAAUCUUCAUUUUGAUGUCGUUGAGGUACUUCUCAAGUCGUCAACAAAUUCAAAAGUCCAGCUGAACAAGAAAAACAUUGAGGGCGAAACCCCACUCGGUUUGGCUAUAAAAACGCCAUUGAAAAGAGGACGCAAAAUUGUAACCGUACUAAUAAAUGCAGGUGCUAAUAUCAAUGAAGUCAAUGAGAAAGGCUUGAAUCUUUUACACCAAGCUAUUCUGAAAGAAGAUUCAGCCACAGCGAUAUUCCUCCUGGAAAAUGGGGCAGACAUGAAUGCCAAAACUCCGGAAGGUGAAAAUCCCCUACAAUUGAGUGUGCACUGCCGAUUAGGUGAAGUUGUGGAAGCACUUUGUAGGCGUGGAGUAGACACUUCAAUCGGUUCCCCACUGUGGGAUGCUCUAGACUCGAAUCAAGAGGAUACUGCUUCAAUUUUAGUGACUCAUGGUGCAGAUACGGAUUGCUGGAGUCCUGGACCAGAUGGUUGCGUUCAGACACUUCUACAUCGCGCAAUCGACGACAAUAAGGAAGAAAUUGCCCAAUUCUUAAUUCGUAGUGGGUGUGAUCUCAAUGCACCGAGAAAACCUGGACCGGACGGUGCUGGUGGUGAUGAAGCUAAAGAUAAUUGUACUCCAUUGCAUCUCUGUUGUCAAUGGGGUCUUGAACAGGUUGUUCAAACACUUGUCGAGCAUGGUGCAAAUGUUAAUGCACGUGAUGCUGAGGGAAAGACACCCAUCCAUGUUGCCAUUCAGAAUCAACAUGAACAGAUAAUAUCUCUCCUACUCUGUCAUCCUAGUAUUGAUCUUUCGUCACGAGAUAAAAAAGGGUCAAGUCCUUUCGCUAGUGCUCUUAUUGUUAGAAAUAACAAAGCCGCUCAAGCAAUACUCGAGAGAUUACCAAGUGCAGCUGAGCAGUUCGAUAAUAAAGGAAGAAAUUUUCUUCAUAUGGCCAUCCAAAAGGGCGAUAUGGAGAGCAUUCUCUUUUUAUUGUCAAUUCAGGUUGACGUCAACUCGAGGGUUCAAGAUGUUAUACAAACACCCCCUCUACAUCUUGCAGUCACUUCUGGUAAUGAAAUGUUAGUCAGAAGUUUAAUAUUAGCAGGCGCAAGAAUCAACGAUACAGAUGCACAUAGGAAUACUGCAUUGCACGCAACUGCUAAGGCUGGCCAUGCAGCAAUUGUAUCUGCUUUACUCCAGAAUGGUAUAAAUUUCGAUGCCACCAAUGCUGACGGCGAUAAUGCGCUCCAUGUAGCCGUGCGAGAUGGCCAUGUGUCAGUUGUGAGAGCCCUAUUGACGGAAUGCACUCUCGACGCAGAAACAGUGAAUCUUAAAGGAAGAAAUCCACUCCACGAACUGGCGAGAUGUGGACGUGAUAAUGCAGCCACAAUCUGUGAUCUUUUCCUUGAAACCAUGUCGCAGUAUCCAAUUAACAAUUCAGAUGCCGAUGGGAAUACGCCUUUAUUGACAGCUUACAUGAAAGGCAAUGGCAAUUUAUGUCGUACGCUAGUCAAGGCUGGUGCUUGUCUUGGCUCCAUGAACAAAGAUGGAAUCACAAUAUUCAAUUAUCAAGUUGCAACGAAGCAAUUGUUAUAUAGAUUAUUAGAUUCGUUGACUCAAGAAGCGCCGUGGGCUGAUAAAGAUAUUUGUCUAGAAUGUGGAACCAAAUUUUCCCUCACUAUGAGGAAACACCAUUGUCGUCAUUGCGGAAGAAUUCUGUGCAGUAAAUGCUCAGGUCAAGAUGUGCCAAUCCUAAAGUUUGGACUUAAUAAACCAGUAAGAGUCUGUGCUGUUUGUUUCGAUGUACUCCAGGUUGGAGCCGAAUGAAUGGAAAUAAUCAAAAUAUGUUUAUCCUGAAUGUUACAUCGUCACUAUUUCAUAAAGAAAACUCUACUCUCUAAUAAAAUAAAGAUAUAUAUGAAAAGAGAAAACAGGAUUUUAAAAAGUGCAUAACUUUAAUGAAUAAUUUUCCACCAUACUUAAUUUUUUCCCUCUAUUUUUCCAAUUUUUAUAUACAUGACAAAUAUAACUAUGGUAAGUAUGAUUCAGUGAUGAGAAAUACCGAGAAUCUUUUAUUCGUGUAUUUACCCAUCUACUUGAGCUUACUGAAGAGAGUUUUUGAAGCA